AUGUCGUCCGACCAGAUCCAGCGCGAUCUCAUCUCGGCGAACCACAUCUUGCAUUUCACGUCGGUGCUCGACGCCUACGGGCACAUUUCUGCGCGGCACCCGCUCGACGCGUCGACGUACCUCAUGUCCGCCAACAUGGCGCCCGCGCUGGUCAGCAACGCCAGCGACCUCGUGCAGUAUCGCGUGAACGACUCGACGGCCGUCGACCCGGACGCGCCCAGGGGGUACAUCGAGCGGUACAUCCACGGGGAGAUGUACAGGCGGUUUCCGGACGUCGGGUGCGUGAUCCACAGCCACAGCGAGGACGUGCUGCCGUACGCCAUCGCCGGAGUCCCGCUGCGCGCCGUGUACCACAUGGCGGGCUUCCUCGGACCGGGGCCCGCCCCGCUGUACGACGUCGAGGAGUCCUACAACGCCACCGAGCCGCACGACCUGCUGAUCCGCACGCCGAAGCUCGGCCAAGAUCUGGCCGGGACGUUUGUCUCGGCGACAAACGUGUCCGCCACCACGCCCGAUUACACCGUCGUGCUGAUGCGCCGCCACGGCUUCACCACCGCCGCGGCUGAUAUCCAGACGGCUGUCUUCCAAGCCAUCUUCACGCAGUCCAACGCCAAAGCGCAGACGACGGCGACGCUGCUCCGAGGCGCCUUUGCCGGCCUGCCGGGCGACGAGGCCAGAGCGUGGAGCGGCGGCGGCGGUUCUGGCGGUAGCAACGGGGAGACGAGUGCCUUUGAGCCCCUGACCGCCCAGCAAGCGCGGGACUGCGAGGUUUCGAUCGGUGCGACCUCGGACCGGCCGUGGGGGUUGUGGCUGAAGGAGGUUGAGAAUGAUAGCUUGUACACCAAUAACGUGGUGCUGGAUCUGGUGUGCUACGGACAAGGGGAAAUUGUCGUCACCGGGUGCGAAUUACGACACCACUACAAUACUGUCACGGACAAGCCCGGGGCUCCAGCCUUGGAUCGGUUACUAGAAGAAGAAGAGAAUGAUGCUGGCCGAGGCAAUACACUUGUCGGAGGAAGUAGUUGCAUUGGCGCCGAAGGGACGACGGUCCAGUGGCAAAAGCACUGUCUCAAGCCCAUCGGGUUCCGUGUGAGCAAACGGAUCGCCUUUCGUUCGAUCAAGUAUAUCGACGAAAUACUUGGGACAUAUGGUGAACUCGCUAUCAUCCCGAGUAUUGGAUGUGCUGGGCCGGUCUUCGUUCUUUUCAAGCCCAGGUGGGAUAGGAUACCACGUCAGCCUGGACAAAGCGAGACUCAACCUCCACGAAAAUUGACUCGGAACGAACAGACCCUUGACAUCGACCCAAUAUUCUUUGCCGACCACGUCGUGAUCAAUUACGCCGAGAUCGAGAAGGUCGACAUCCAUUUCCAGCAGAUUGUUGAUCUCGGUGCCGAAGAGGCGUUUCGAAAUUCUACGUGGAUCUUCAACACGGCGGCAAAUGUGCACCGCACCGUCAGGCGCUUACCGCCACUCUCUGGACGCCAGUUGGGCAUCGCUCGGAGCUGUUGUUCAGUUUUGGUGAAACCAUUUGCAUUGAUCCUCGUUGACUCGACAACCUCUAACAUCUCGUGCGGCGGAACUUCUUGCCACAUCCGCAGAUUCCCUCUCCAUAAUGGCACCAAAGAUUUUCGGACGCCGAUCCUGUUUUCUGCCUUUCAAUCUCAGAGACAUCAACCGGAUCCUCCUUCCGCCUCCACUUCCUUGGUCCAAAUCCUCCGGGACUGCUUUGUCGAGAGUCUGCCGACUUUCGAGCACGCCAAACCCAGCGUUCUGAAUCUGGCAUACUACCCGCUGAGAAUAGUGGUUGGCGAAUGGAUGUUAUAUGGCCAGGUCAUGGCUCGGUAUCUGGCGCACGACGAAUACUCUUUCAAAGACAUCGAGAUGGUUCUUCGCGGCGAGAGAGACGACAUGGUUGAACUCCAGAAAUGGCGCCACCGCGCCAUCCAGUCGCAGUUCAAGAUCCAAUCCACGAGACGGUUCGUCGCUUAUUGUUUGGCUCAGAGCCCGGCCGAGAAGGAGCGCGGUCCGUGGGAUUUGAUCUUGAACGACUUGGACCACCUGUCCACCAAAAUCGAAGUGUACGGCCAGUCGAUGGAGCGCAUGGUCUCGGUGGUGACAUCAAUGUUCCAGCUCAUCGACUCCCGUCGGUCGAUCGCUGAGACCAUCAAUGUGAGACGGCUGACCAUCACCGCCCUGAUUUUUGUGCCCCUGUCGUGGGUUGCGAGCUUGUUCAGCAUGACUGAUGACUUUGCCCCGGGUCAGUCGAGGUUUUGGCUAUAUUUUGCUGUUGCUGUCCCGCUUUGCUUCACCAUCGGCGCUUUCUCACUACUGGCAGACUUCUAG